AUGACAAUCUACACCUCGCCCUUCCCCGCCGUGGAAAAGUGGUCCGACCAGGGCCUGUUCGAUUUCAUCUUUGAGAACAACGACAAGAUCCAGCCCAACAAUGUUGCGCUCGUCGACGCGGGCACGGGUACAGAGGUCACCUACAAGCAGCUCAUUAGCGAUUCGCUCAAGCUCGGCCAUGGUCUCUCGCAGCGCUACAAGCCAGGUCAGACCAUGCUCAUCUUCUCGCCGAAUUCCAUCAUCUACCCGAGUCUGCUCUUUGGAGCGCAGGCAGCGGCCAUGGUCGCCACCACCGCCAACUCGUCCUACACCCCGAAUGAGCUCGCGCACCAGAUCAACAUCUCGGAUGCCGAUCUCUUGCUCGUCGGUUCCGACCUCGUCGACGUCGCUAAAAAAGCCGUUCAGGAGGCAGGACUGAAGGAGUCGCAGAUCUUUGUCCUCCCCGGCGUCGACGGCAAAACCAACCUCCAAGGCCUCGAAUCGUACGAGGUCCUCAUCGGCUCCGGCAAAGGGUUCAAGCAGCUCAAGGUCCCCGACAUCUACGCCCCCGCGUACCUCCCCUUCUCGUCCGGAACGACCGGUCGAGGAAAAGGUGUUGCAGUGUCGACUUUUAACAUCACCAGUGUCUCGUUGCAGUUGCGACAGGUCAAGGGCCUGUUUGAUGGUCCCGAAGUGUGAGCGAAUUUUUCGACUUUUAGACUGCGCAAAACGGCCAUAGCUGAUGUGCGCAUCUUUUCGAUGAUGGGAAAAAGUGUGAUGGGUGUUUUGCCUCUCUAUCAUAUUUACGGGCUCAUCGUUCUCUUGCAUCAAACGCUCCUCAACGGCGGAACGAUCGUCCUGCUCACCAAGUUCGAUCUGCCGCUCUUCCUCGAGUCCGUCCAGCGUUACAAGGCCACGGUCGCACUUCUAGUUCCUCCCAUCGCGCUCGCACUAGCCAAGCACCCUAUCGUCGACAACUUUGACCUAUCGUCGUUACGUUGGAUCAUGUCCGGUGCGGCGCCUCUUUCAGCAGAUUUGCAAACCGUGCUCGAACGUCGGUUGAAGAACAAGACCUUGAUCCUUCAAGGUUACGGCAUGUCCGAGACGACUUCGGUCGGCCUUUUGCCCGAUGUCAGCCAAGAAGUCAAAGCGGGCACGGUAGGUCGCUUACUUGCGUCGGUCGAAGCAAGGUUGAUCGACCCUCAAACGGGUAAGGAUGCCAAGGCCGGCGAGCCGGGAGAGCUCUGGUUGCGAGGCAAUAACAUCAUGAAGGGAUACGUGAGUUGUGCAUCACCUCCUCCUCUGCUGUUCCGUGCAGCAUAGUAAGGAGCUUAAUUCUCCUGAGACGAUUGGUCUGUGUAGCACAAGAACGAAAAGGCCACUGCCGAGACGAUCAACAAGGACCGAUGGCUGAUGACGGGUGACGUCUGCAUUCGGUCGGAAGAUGGUGUAUACACGAUCGUGGAUCGAACAAAGGAGUUGAUCAAGGUUAGUCCCAUCACACCGAGCCCAAGUCUGCGCAAUUGCCUUUGCUCAAAUCGGGUUUGCCGCCUCACUUUCUACAGUACAGGGGUUUUCAAGUCCCUCCCGCCGAAUUGGAAGGGCUCUUACUCGAAUGUCCCCUCGUGGCCGACGCGGCCGUGAUCGGCGUCUGGUCCGAAGCGGAUGCGACCGAAUUCCCUCGAGCUUACAUCGUUCCCGAUGCGGCCCAUAAGGACGACCAGGACCUGGCCAAGAAGGUACAACAAUUCGUCGCGGAUCGCGUCGCCCCGCACAAGAAACUUCGUGGCGGCGUCUUCUUGUUGGACGUAAUCCCCAAGGUCAGCUCCCUUUUCCUACGCCAUCGAAAUUCGUCCGGAGUAUCGGUACUAAUGUCCUCUUGUCUUCGAUCCUUAGUCGCCGAGUGGAAAAAUACUCCGAAAAGAUUUGCGUACCCUUGCGGCCAAGGAGAGUGAAGCGCAGAGCAAACUUUGA